GGGCGCGAUUACCAAACCGAUUCUCUGGCGCUAAAAUGGAGUCCCAGUUCCGCUUUCGCUUCAUCGAGCCAAAGCAACCUCCGCGCAAGCGACCUCCCUGAACACCACCACCACCAGCACCACCACCAGCAUGAGUGACUCUGAUGUCGAAACGAGCGUCCAUGGCGGCGUCUACCACCGCGGCAACUUUGAGUACAACGGCGAAGGCAUGAUCAUCGGCUUUGCCACCGAGCGCAAGGACAGCUCCGACCUGAGCCCGACCUGUGGCAAGCGCAAGCUCCGGUGUGGCAACUGCGGCUGCAGGACACACAAGACGGUCGACUGCGCGUUCCUCACCGACUCGGAAAAGUCGUCCAGCGACGACGCGCCGCUCGAGUGAACCGGCCACGCCUAACUUAUAGCUACUUUAACUUUAUUACCUACUUCUCCUGUACUUUUGCA